AUGUAUUAUAACUUUGGACUUACCCGUACCCUGUAUAUAAAGUGACCGUGUACACGGGCGGUCAGUAUGGUGUAUGGAAGGUGUAUAAACAAGUCAGAUUUAAAUUAUAUUGAACAUGUAUGGGAUCAAGAAAGGGGACGUUGCUGAAGUAAAGGCUCUUUGCUCCCCUCCACGUUCCGUCGUACAAGUCCUUUCAGCUACAAUGACACUGCUUGGAGAGGUGAACCCAGGGGAUUUCAGGAAUAUCAAAAGAGUACUGGCUCAUUCGACAUUUUUACAAAGAGUGACAACACUAGAUACUGACUCUAUUUCCCCUGAGGUGGCUGUGAAGGCGCGUGGGUAUGUCGAGGGUAUCACAGAGGAGCAAAUCACCAAAGUCUGUUUAGCUUCAACCUCCUUCUUCCGUUGGGUACGUGAUGUAUUAGCCGCUGUCGCGAAGAGAACAGGAGAUCUUCCCGAAGCGGCAAAGAAGGAACCUGCAAGUUGAGACACUGCAGAUAAUCUAGCGGUUUCCGUGAAUUCAGGGUAUAAGACGAUUCAGAAGUUGUGCAAUAUGCGUCACGUAUUUGAUUUUUAUACCUUUCAUGUGCAGACUGAACAUUUGAUUCAUUAUUCCCGAUAUACAACGUCAAUAUCAACAGUAGGCAUGCCACAUUCCAUAUAAUGGUCAUCUUAAAAUACCAUUGUGAUUCAUGACAAUCGAAACCUACGAAUUCGUAUAACGAUGAAGAUUCUUAAGAAAGAAUGCUUUAAAACGAAUAUUGGAGAAAGACGGCAGGUUUUGAUAAUCACUUUUAAUAACACCCUGAACGGUUGUAACCAAGAAAUCAUUUCAUUUUUCUUUAUAUUUGAGCAAACAUCUUAAGUGUUAGGCUUGCAAGUUUCUUAUGGUUAAUUAAAACGUUCUGUAUUAAUGUUGUUAUUUAAGUAUUCGGUUUAAAAGUCUUCCUCAAUUUACUUGAAUGGUAAAUAUUGAAAUAUUCAAAGCAAAUAUUAAAAUUUCAACACUA